GCGAGCAUUUGCAGCAGAGUAGAAUCAACUGUCAAACAGUAAUCACCUCCGCUGCCUUGCCUGCUUAAACCCGUUUUAAUCACAGCGCGUUUCAACAGCAAGGGCGAGUAGAUUAAGGCUCUGCUUCUGGACCAUUAGAAGGAUCGCCUGGAGGGUGAUUAGCAAGGGAUUGGCACGUCAGGGACUUAGUGCCCACGGCACUGGAGGGCAUCCACUGGUGUGUCUGUGUGAUUAUGUGUGUGUGACUUGUCUUUCUUUGGCAGAAGAAGAGAAUUUGGCAGUAGCAUCACUCUGAAGUGAGUUGCAUUUCAUUUAGAGGUCACUUAUGGUGUAGAAGUGGCAAAAGUUUUGGACUGUGGCUUCAAGCUUGAACAAGUAUGUUAGUGAACUGGAAGCUUUGAUAAAUGCAACUUUUGGCAAACUUCUCUGGAAGCACAAUGAACUUUUGUCCCAUUAGAGAGGUGCCUCUACUUUAGGCUUUAGGACUUUUUGGGAUCAACCCAACAAGAAACACAACUUUGGAAGUAGCUUUGGCGACCUCUUCCUUCAGUGUGACUUUAUUAGGAACGUUUGAAAAUGUCCAAGCCAUCUCGUCUGGUCAAACCCGCCAAACAGUCAAGGAAAGAACCACCGGGCAACCGCCAACGGAUGCUGAUCGUCGGGGAGAGGCUGAUGAGAGCCGGAAGUGAGGGCAACCUGGUGAGACCUAGACUGGAACAGGAUCAGCAGCAGCUUGUCAACAGCCAGGACUGGUCUACGAAGACGUUGCCCAAUCCAGAGCCACAGAAAGGAGAGCACAGGCUAUGCUCUGCUGAGGAUGCGGAAAGCCUGGACAGUAGGCAGUGCAGCAGGGAAGAAAGUGAGCACCUAGACCCCUGGUCCCCCCGCACGUUACCCCACAGACGUACAGGAGCCAUGCAGCCACCCAACGUGGAGCACAGGAGGGAGGCCUUCCUGGAGCAUCUGAAGCAGAAAUACCCCCACCAUGCCUCCUCCAUCAUGGGCCACCAGGAGAGGUUUCGGGACCAGAUUAGAGGUCCUGUUCAUGGUGGAAGUCUCCAGUCUGGUGUAGGGGAGCAGGGGGAACACUCUCUGGCCUCCCUGGAGUCUCUGGAGGCCAUGUCUGAGGGAGAAGCCCCCGCCGCCUUCACAAGGGGCAGCCGCACCCGCGCCAGCCUCCCUGCAGUCAAAUCCAGCAACCACACCAAGGACCGAUCAUUAGGUGUGUUGUAUCUUCAGUAUGGAGAGGAGACGCGGCAGAUUCUCAUGCCCAAUGAGGUGACAACUGUGGACACGGUCCGAGCUCUGUUCGUCAGUGCCUUCCCCCAGCAGCUCACCCUGAAGAUGCUGGAGACGCCCAGUGUGGCCAUCUACAUUAAAGACCACGCACGCAACGUCUACUACGAGCUCACAGACAUUCGAAACAUCACGCCACACUCCUGCCUGAAGCUCUACCACAAGGACCCCACCCAGGCCUUCAAUCACUCCUCCAGACACAACAAUGGAGACGCCAGGAUCUCUCGCGAGAGGCUAUAUGGCACUAGACAGCCUGCUACAGGACAGAGUCUGGUCCACACCCUUCCUCCCCAGCACAGCCCCAUCCGCACCGUGCAGGGUUCCAUGUCCCCGCCGGCUGCUCGCUCCAUGCCCUCCUCACCUUCUAGACUGGCCUACACCUCCCGAACUGCAGGCAGCGCUACCCUUCCCCGUGAGCGCAUGUCCAGUGCCCCUCCGGCCCGCUCUACCACACCCUGCUCCAGCGUCAUCCUGGAGCGCCGGGAUGUCAAGCCGGAUGAAGACGUGGGCCCUUACAGCCCGUCUGAGGCCCGCCUGAGCUUGGCCUCAUCUCAGGACAUCCCGGACGGAGCUGUCUUCUUCCCGCAUCGCUAUUCUGAGGUCCCUGACAACCCCCAGCACUCCCUCUACAGGCAGAAGUCACGCAAGUACUCCGAAAACCAGCACACUGUUCCACUUGGGGCCAAAACCCCGCCUCCAUCCCCUCACAGAGUAAAUGAGGUCAGAAUGAUUGACAUCCACCCUGGGCAGAACACCCACAUGAUGGCCCAGGGCCAGGACAGAAGCUCACCAAUGCGGAGGUCGUUCCGGAAGGAUAGUAACGGUGGCAUGGAGGUAGUGGCCAGGGUCAGGGGGAACAUGGCCUCCCCGGUUUUUGCUGACCUGCCACCAGGACAUGGAGACAGAUCGUUUCAAGGGUCAGUAACAGCAGACCCUCAGAGCGAGCGGAUGAAGGCUAUGGAGCAGCAGAUAGCUAGUCUGACUGGUCUUGUUCAGCAUGCACUUCGAAAGGGAACAAACACCAGCAGUGUCAAAGACACCGCCAGUGAGAAGUCUGCAUCUCCUGCUCACAGCACAAACAGUGGCGGAGUGUCACCUGUGGCUGGGUGCAAAAGUCCUGUUCUACAGACUGACGUACCCCCAGAGUCAGCACCACCUACAGCACCACCUCCAGCCUCAGACCCGGCUAUCAGCUCUUUUCUGACCAGCCUUCAGAAGAACGUGUUCAGCCUCCGGCAACAGCUGCACCAGCUCAGACACAUGCAGCUGCAAAACCAGGACGCUGUGAGGCUGAUGCUGCAGCAGACGGAGGAGGAGCUUAUGGAGAGAGUGUGCGAGCGCCUGCGGCUGCUGGAAGAUCCACUGAACAAACAGAGAAGCCAAGUGGACGAGGAGAGACACAGAUACCUGGCCAUGGAGGAAAACGUGCUGCUCCAGCUGGGUGAUCUGGAGAAGCAUGUGGAGAACCUGAAGAGAGACUCUAUGUCCAUGCCAGCACAUCACCCAAUCACCUUGCGGGAUGUGGAGGAAGGGGCGGUUAAUCUGAGGAAAGUUGGGGAGGCUCUUGCUGCACUGAAAGGGGAGUUCCCAGCACUGCAGCUGAAGAUGCGCUCCGUAUUGAGAGUGGAGGUGGAGGCGGUGCGCUUCCUGAAGGAGGAGCCACACAAGAUGGACAGCAUGCUGAAGAGGGUCAAAGCACUGACUGAAACACUAGGCAGCCUCAGGAGGUGUGCUACAGAAGGCUACCUCCACACUGACCCAAGCACUGCCAAACCCGAGUCCCCCGUCUUACCCCAGGACUCCCCGACCCCUCAGCCACGCUCCCCAGCACGGGCAGCCCGCUCUGAGCUCACCCCCUCCUCGCCUGUGCUGGUGCAACGUGCACGCAGCGCCCCCGUCAGCCUGCAGCCCUGCCAGCUCUCCACAGCCCUGUCCCACCACGCCAGCCCCCCACUCACACCCACACACGGCCGCGACUCGCCCACCAUCGCCAAGGUCAGCCCACGCAGCCGAGAGGACAGCCCCGCUCUGCAGAAGAGGGGCCUCCCACAGGCCCAGGAGGAGGAGGUCAUUAAUUCCAACUCUAUUAGUGCUGCAGAAAACACCACACCAGCAACAGUGAACGAGGAGAACACUACAGCAACUACAAGCAGAGACAAGGCUGCAGAGGUGGAGAAGGUGGAGAAUGAAGCCAAGGCUGAGAUGGAGAGGAUUCUGCAGCAGGCCCAGGCCAACCUCAUGAAGGCUAUUCCUGACCUGGAGGUGACCAAUCAGGAGCUCAGCAGUACUACAGUACCAUUGGCCACCGAAACUCUGCCAGACGAGGUGGACUGUCCUCAGCCCAGAGCUCCACCUGCAGAGGCCAUCGCACCAGCAGAACCUGAAGCAGAAAAACCAGUCCAGACCAGCGCUGAGAGGCUUCAGAAGCCUCCUAUAGAGAAGCCACACAGAGCCAAUGUUGACAGAAGCAAGCCCAGUGCCGGCGAAAUGGGAGGCAAGUCCCCUCCCCCACCCCCACCUCGCAGAUUCUACCCUCAGAGCUCUGGGCUCACGACCGGACGCUCCGGAGAGGUUAUCUACACCUCCCGCAAGGAAUCCACCACUGCUCAGCAGCAGGAGGUGGAGGAGGGGGCAAGCCAAGCCAAACCCCAAAAAGUUCCCCCGGAGGUCAAACCCAAACCCUGCACAGCUCCCCCCAUCAGCACCACCACCACCACUGUCACCACCCGAGACGAGGAGGAGGAUGAUGAAGAUAAGAUCAUAGCCGAGCUGCAGGUGUUUGAGAAGUGCCCGGUUAAAGAUUUAGAGCCCAGGUAUGUGGUGGAUCUGACCACCCACAAGCUCCCAGACACUGAGGCAUCGUUCUCCCUCUCCUCGUACGACCCAAAGAAAACAGCUCAUCCUUGCGAAGAUGGAAAACACGCUUCCAAUGCUUCAGCUGACUCUGGGGUCAUAUAUUACAUCACUGGCACAGCAAAGAGCCCUACCGACAAUCAACUUGUCAAAGAACCUGAAGUCCAAAAAGUGUCCGGGGAAGGAAUCAUUUCUUCCUCUAAGGUGGCACAUCUGAAUGCUUCUGACUUUUCCCAACGGCCAAACGUACUAACAUCACAUGGCUUAACUUUAGAUCCUCUGAAAUCAGUGGAAGAUAGCCAAGAUUCUCGUGAUACUCAUCAAAUCUCUCUAAGUCCUUCUAAGCCCCUGAUGGUGGAUACCUGCAAGCCUGAGGAUGAGGCACAAGUUGUUCAGAAAGGACAACUGGUUGAGAGUAUGACGAAUAGGCCAGGAAAACCUCUUGAAAACCUGAUUCCCACUGGAGGUUCUGAGGCACAGACAACUGUCUCUCAAGUGGAAUCUAAAGCAUCAGAGUUAUCAUCUGAUAACGGAGGCCAGGAAAAUGAGGAACAAGUGGUAAUGAGGUCAUCCAAAGUUCGAGUAAGGUACACAGAGAAUGGUAGCUUGAGCCCAGACCUUCCUGGGGAGGAGGCGCCUCCUCCACCUCCACCAGACAACAUUGCCUUCAUGAUCACAAAAACCAGAGUCAAGGCUCUGUCCAAUGGAGAGUACCAGCAGUUGGUCAGCUCCAAGGGCCAAGACGUUGAAACCGUAAAAGUAGGAACAGACACUAUUGCAUAUGGCCCAGAGGACAGUGGGUUCAGUAACAAGAAACCUGUCAUCAUUCUCUUUGAUGAGCCUAUGGACAUCCGGCAGGCGUACAAACGCCUCUCCACUAUCUUUGAGUGCGAGGAGGAGCUGGACAAAAUGCUUGCAGAGGAAACCAUUGAUGAGGAGGCAGAAGAAGAAGAAGAGGAGGAAGCAAGUUCAGGGCAAGUAAGGACCGCCAAGUCUGGGGUAGAAGUACAGUUUAGACCAGAAAGAAACAAAGCAGAUGGCAGUGCAGGUAGUAAUCAUCUCUCAGUUACCGGUCAACAUCAGAGCCCUACAGAGUGCUCUUCCCCAGAGGAUGGAUCCAAAGUAGAUCUGCCUGGCGAUGGGAAACAAGAGGGUAAAAAGAAAUUUAAGUUCAAGUUUCCAAAGAAGCAGCUGGCCGCCAUUGGGCAAGCAAUCCGCACAGGGACAAAAACGGGCAAAAAGACCCUGCAGGUGGUCGUUUACGAGGAUGAAGAAGAAGCAGAUGGUACGUUGAAGCAAGCAAGAGAAGCCAAAAGGUUUGAGAUCCAAUCCCAGGCAGACUCUGUCGGUCUGCCAAGUUCUGUUCCUUCAGUCAGCACCUCUUUGCAGCAGACCAACCCAACCAGUCCUCAACUCUCCAAAGGAAGGAAUAAUGAGAUCUGUAAGACCACAUACAAAACCUUAGACAGCCUAGAGGAGACCAUCAAGCAACUAGAAACAACCAUCAGUGGCAUGGAUCCCACACUGUCCCCUGAAACUGCACGGAAAGAUUCGAAGAGAGCCGCCGCUCAAAUGGAGCAGGAUGGAGGAAGUCCCUCGAAGAGGCCAACUUCCCAGAACCCAAAGCCCCAAAAAUCUCUCCAUCGGAAGAAGGGCAAAGCACAAUCCACCCCUCGAACCUCGUCUUCCAGUUCCUCCAGCUCCUCCAGCUCCAGUGGCACUAAACAACAGAACACCAGUGGCUCACCUUCCUCAAGUCGAAUUUCCUCGCCUCGAUCCCGGCAGCAAGCGGGAACUGCAGAGAAACCCAGCAAAGCCCAAAAGAUCCAGGACUCCCAGAGGCCAUUCCGUCAGAGCUGUCUCUACUGUCCAGGGAAGGCUUCCGACUAGAUCUUGGAGCAUUGCUGUGAGGAUUUGAUUGCAUUCAGCAACAAGAGUGGUGAAUGCUUUUUUUUAGGUAGGUCAGGAUGUUUGAUGAUCACCAGCUCACCUCAUCAUCACCAAUUCUGCAACUCAUCCCAAAAUGAAUGAACGAAUGAAUGGAUGGAGCUCAGUGCUGGAAGGUUUCUUAUCUCUGGCAUUAGGCACGGUGGCAAUAGGUUCAUGUUUUUCCUGCUCCAGGGUCCAGAGAGCUGCAUUUGCACAUCCGUGUCAGCAAUGGGUGCAACUUCAAUAGACGAAUGCACUCAUUAAAAAGGAUGUCCACCACGUAAGAAGUUAAGAUUGGAAAUAUAUCUACCUCGAUAUGUCACGAUUUUGUUCAUAUGUACAAAUGUAACAUUCUAGCUCAGCAUCCUACAGCUCUGGAAAAAAUAAGAGACCACUUAAGAAUGAUGAGUUUCUUCGAUUUUACCAUAUUAAAAAUCUCUGGAAUAUAAUCAAGAGGAAGAUGGAUGAUCACAACCAUCAAACCAAGCAGAACUGCUUGAAUUUAUGCACCAAGAGUGACAUAAAGCUAUCCAAAAGCAGUGUGUAAGACUGGUGGAGGAGAACAUGCCAAGACGCAUGACAACUGUGAUUAAAAACCAGGGUUAUCCACCAAAUAUUGAUGUUAUUUUCUGAAAAUAAAUGCUCUAAAUGACAAUAUUUCUAUUUGAAAUUUGGGAGAAAUGUUGUUCGUAGUUUAUAGAAUAAACAACAAUGUUUAUUUUACUCAAACAUAAAUAAACCUAUAAAUAGCAAAAUCAGAUGAUUCAAACUGAUUCAGAAACUGAAGUGGUCUCUUAAUUUUUUCCAGAGCUGUAAUAACAACACAAGUUAGUUUGAAAUAUACAAGUGCCAGUAUGUAUCCUUAUGCUUCUUUGUUUUCAUAAAUAUGAUAUUUCCAACAUAUAUUUUGUGAGAGAGGACCAUGCUAUGCGUGUCGCACAGGGAGGCCAACUUAGAAGUAAGUUUAGGAAGGAGAUUUUGUUCAGAUAUUUUUUUAUAACUUCGGUUGAUGCGAUAUCACAGCUAACAGUGCAAACUAUUUUUCUGAGCUGGAUUACUCACAGAAAGUUGAUGACAAUUUGUAAUACAAUGGCAAAGCUUUGGUUAAAUAGGAGAAGUCUUGUUGGUUAUAGCAUGUGUAUGAUGUAUGAUGAUGUCUGCACAUUACUGAGGUCUUAAAAAAUUGUUUAAAAAUCAUUUCAUGGUUAUUAAAACAUUUUCAAUCACUGUAUUGAUACUGAUAGAAUUAGUCCUAAAGUAAACUGUCACUAAUACCACCAAAUACUUCUUAAAUAAGGUAUUGUUUAGCAAAUUUACAGAAAAUAACAAUGGAAAAGCUCAAAAAAACUCAAUGUCUUCAAGCUUCUGAUGGGCAGUUAGUUGUACAUGCCACUCACUUGCAUUGUCUUCAUCUGGGUAAAGCAUUUGUUGUGGGUUGUGGGUCUGACUCUCAGUGUUAUAAUUGCUUACAGCAUAACUGCACAGUAUAACUGAAUCUAGUGCUAGACAUGGUGCUUCUGAACAACAGGUUUUUCUUCUUCUUUUUUUUUAAGUGAGGGAUCAGUUUGAAUGGAUAGUGUCGGAUUUAUUUUUUAUAGGAGCGUGAGAAUUAUUAUAGUAUAUUGCUUAAUUACAACGACUAUAUACAUGUGUACAAAAAAACAUAUUUUUGAAAAGGUUAAAUAGAUGAAUAUAGUAUAUUUUCACCUAUGUUGUUGUUUGUUCUUUUGAGUUGAGUUAAGUAGAUAUAUAGCGUAGAAUAACUUAAGCUUAAUUCUUCAACUGCCUGUUUAUAAAGAAAAAAAAUUUGAAAACUUUUCGAAAUUAAUUAUUUUUGGGUUUUAAUGCUGGUUUUUAGUUUGAACUAACAUUAUACACACACGGGUCAAUCCAAAGUGCCCUGUUUUUUUUUUUUUUUUUUUUUUUUUUUUUUUUUUUUUUAAGUGUUUCACUACAAAACCAAAGUUUCCAUUCAUUAACUCAAAGAUUAAAGACUAUACAUAAUGUUACAGCAGGCUCUAUUGAGUAAGUGUGUGAGUAAGUGUGUGUGAGCGUGUGUGAGCGUGUGGUUUGAUAGUGAUAAGAAAUCUUCAGUAGUUUACUCAUUACUCAUUACGGAAGUGUUUGUGGAAGUGUUUCUAAUAGCUAAUCGUGUCAAAAUGCCUAAACAACACGUGGAUUAGUGUCAUUUAAAAAAAAAAAAAACGUACAUGUUUGCAUCUGGCCAAAGUUUACUCCUCCUAUGCAUGCCUUUUACAUACAUCUUUCAUCCUAAAGAAAAUCAUGUUUGCACAAAAAUGCUGUAAAUAUUUUUUUUCUGUUUUGUAAAACUGUAUAACCUGUAUAAAAGCCGUGGAGGGAAGCGUGUGAAAACAUGUAAAAGCUUGUGUUAAUGGAAUAAAGGGCUGUCUGCUUUAGCACUGUCUCUCUGAAAGCC